AUGAAACUACCGGUAGCACAGUACAGUGCACCAGAUGGUGUGGAAAAAAGUUUUGCACCAAUACGCGAUGACCCUCGAUACAUGACCACAGAGGGAAGGACAACUGGGCCCAGUGACCAUGUGCUAAACGCUGGCCAAAUCGAUAGAGACAAACCUUCAGAACCGGAACGCACGAAAGAUGGCUCACAACUGACAUACUUAGGCCAGCUGCGCACGCAGCUGACGGGGCUACAGGACGAUAUUAACGAGUUUUUGACAGGAAGAAUGGAAUUGGCAAAAAAUAAGAAGAAAGCCGGCGCAGACGAGAAGCGGAUCCAGGAAGAGAUUAACCAGCUAUUAGAUGGUGGUGACGGUGACGAAGAUGCUGUUUAG